CGACGGCCGCCGGGAAUCUAUUUAAGCGGUCGCUCGCGGCGACGCCUCCGCCUUCGCACGAACACACGAACGGAGGAAGAGGAGGGGAAAAGGAGAGGAAAAAUAAUAGUAAUUCCAGCAGCAGCAGCAGCAAAGGGUAGCAGAAACAGCAAGGUUCUAGCUCAUAUAUUUGAAGAUCUUUAUCAAUAAUUUAUGUGCCUGGCCUUUAUUCGAGAUUCUUCAAGGUGAUGAACGGAAAUCAACCCUGGACCUCCAUGUCAGGGGGUGCAUGCUCCAACCUUGGACUUGUUCCCAGGGACAUGAAUGGUGGUGCCCCUGUUAGCACUACAAAUUCCUCUGGGCCGAGCAUUGGAGUUAGCUCUUUGGUGACAGAUGCCAACUCAUCACUCUCAGGAGGUGCCCAGUUGCAGCCAAGUACUAGCAUGAACGCUGACUCAUUCAUGCGUGUUCCUGCCUCCCCAAUGUCAUUUUCAUCAAAUAACAUCUCUGGCUCUUCAGUCAUUGAUAGCUCCAUCAUGCAGCAAAGUCCACCCCAAGAGCAGGUGCAGAACCGGAGGUCUUCAAGUGUAACAUCACAACCUGUGUUUGAAGCUGGUGGUGCAUUGCAUGCGCAGAAGAAAUCAAGAAUUGAUGUUGGGCAAGAUGAUAUGCUUUUGAUUCAGCAGCUGCUCCAUGGUCAGAAUUCUCUUCAUUUCCAGGGGCAACCAAAUCCACAGCUUCAAGCUUGGAUCCAGCAGCGUAAACUGGCACAGAUUCAGCAACGACAGCAGCAGCCAUUGUUGCAACCAUUUUCUCAGAUACAGCAAUCUCAAGUUGGUAUCCCUCGGCAACCUCAGCUUAGGCCACAACUAGCACAACCUGGAAUGCAGCUAGGUGGACCUGUUAGGGCUCCUGCCAACAGUGGGCUUUGUUCUCGCAGGCUAAUGCAGUAUUUAUAUCACAAGGGUCAUCGUCCAGAGAAUAACCCCAUUACAUUCUGGAAGAAGCUUGUUGAGGAGUAUUUUGCCCCUAAGGCAAGAGAAAGAUGGUGUGUGUCUUCUUAUGAAAAGAGAGGGAAUUCUUCAGUUGCUACUCCACAUUCAGCUCUGGAUACAUGGCGUUGUGACAUUUGCAAUACACAUGGAGGGAAAGGAUAUGAGGCUACCUACGAAGUUCUUCCUAGACUUUGUCAAAUUAGAUUUGACCAUGGUGUUAUUGAUGAAUACCUAUACCUUGACACGCCAAAUGAAUUCCGGUUGCCAAAUGGACUAAUGCUGCUGGAGCAUACAAAAGUUGUUCUAAAAAGUGUUUAUGAACAUCUACAUGUUACACAUGAGGGGCAUUUGAGAAUCAUAUUCACACCAGAACUAAAGAUAAUGUCGUGGGAGUUCUGUUCACGAAGACAUGAAGAGUAUAUCACGCGCAGGAUCCUAACACCACAGGUUAAUAAUCUGCUGCAAGUUGCCCAGAAGUACCAAGCUGCUGCCAGUGAAAGCGGGCCAGCUGGGGUAUCAAACAGUGAUGCACAAACCAUCUGCAACAUGUUUGUGACUGCAUCACGACAGCUAGCGAAAAAUCUAGAGCAUCAAACCUUAAACGAACAUGGACUUUCAAAAAGAUAUGUUCGCUGCCUGCAGAUAUCGGAGGUUGUGAAUCACAUGAAGGACUUGAUUGAGUUCAGCCACAACAACAAUCUUGGUCCUAAAGAGAGCCUGAAUAAUUAUUGCAAACAAACUGUACCAAAGCUUCCAGUACAAAAUAUGCAUGAGGCAAGACAACUCAUGGCUGCUGCUGUACUUCCCAAUAACCAGAGCAAUGUCAAAGUCAUGGGGGUCAAACAAGAAAUAAGUGCCCAUGUGAACGAGACUCCUGGUGUGGGAGCCGUUGGUAAUAAUUCUCCACAGAAUGCUGCAGCACUAAACAAUUACCAGAAUAUACUCAGAAGCUCCAGUGCAAAUCAGAGUUCGCUUCAGCAGGAAGCAUGGAGUGUUUUCAGAGGUCCUGCAGCAAUGCACAAUGGCAUACAGAUGGAAGCAUCCAGAUCCUUCCGUGGACCUAACCAAGUGCAACAAAUGCUGCAACAAAACAAUCUCCAUGGCUUGGGUGUGAGCCCACAAUACCAGCAGCAUGUGAUUAAUCAGCUGCUGCAGGAAGUUAAGAAUAAUAACAACCGCGCCUUUGCGCAGCAACCACCUCCAGAUACCCCUAAUGCAAGCAGUGGUCUUGCAUCAGGAGCUGCUAUCACCAACAGUGCUGCUACCGGGGAGCAGCAGGCACAAGGUAUCAAUAACAAUAACAGUGUGGUAAAGGGUGCAGCCCCAGUCAGUACUGGGCCUAGCAAUGUGACCAACAGCACAUCUGGCAUCUUCCCCAGCAGAAGUAACACUUUCAAGUCGGUGAUCAGCAACCCAGCUGCUGCUGCCGGAGGCAAUGCCACAACUUCAAAGGCCGAGUCGUUUCAUGGAAUGAACGAGCUUGACCAUCUCAUUACUACUGAACUGAUGGAAAGCGGUCUGUUCAUGGGGGAGCAGGGUGGUAACCCAUUCGCGUGGAACGGGUAAACAUAAACGUCCCGCUACUAUGAGUUUCUCUGUAAGUGUCAAGCAAGAAACAGCCUGCUUGACUGCUGUUAAUGUGGAAAGUAGCUAGUGGUGAUGGAAACAGCUUUCUUGACUCCUAGAUUGUCGUUUCUUGUCUAGUUUUCUUCUCUCCUUUUCUUUUUGGAGUUUUUGUAUUGCCGUUUCGGAUUUCUGACGAUCAUACACUGAUGUGAGAUAGUGAGUUGCGUUUGGCUUCUAAUUCCGGAGCAGUGCGACA